UAUUCGAGCUUUUCCGGUAAAACCACCGCGCCGCACCUAAAGAGAGCAAACGCGCCUCGAUGCCUCGUGCUCCAUAACCAUCCAUAGCCAUAGGCAAAGCCCCCCCCCCCCCACUCGUUUCCAACGCCACUUUCCCCACUCGGGCCUCGGAGUCCGCCGCCGCCGUGGCCGCGCACUCCCGUUCUGGUCCCGGCUCGUGUGCGGAGCGGAGCAGGGCGGCGCUGGGAGGAGAGGAGCAUGCGGUUGGGUUUUCACCGUGGGUUGGGAGGACUUGCGCGCGCAUCGCGACGAGCCUCCCCCCGCUGGCACCCACACCCGCAGCCCACCAAAAGGCGAAGAGAUUCUCGCGCUUGCUCGCCUCCCGUCCCCUCCACCACCUCCCGUAGCCGGUAGUAGCCCCUCCAGAUCUGCUCGCCUCCGCGUCCGGCGCCCCCUAGAUUCGCCCCCGCCGCCAUGCGGUUGCUGCGGCUGUGACUGGACUGGGCGAGGAGGAACGAGCAACAAGGAAUAAAAAGUUGGUUUUUGUUUGGUGUUGGAGUCCGAUGGGGUGCGGGCAGUCGAAGAUGGAGGAGGAGUUCGCGGUGCGGCACUGCCGGGAGCGCUCAGAACUGCUGGCGCAGGCUAUUCGCCACCGCUACACGCUCGCCGACGCGCACCGCGCCUACGCCGAGUCGCUGCGCGCCGUCGGCGGCGUGCUGCACGACUUCCUCCGCGGCGUCCAGUCUUUGCCGCCGCCGCCGCCCGAGCCCGCGCUCCGCCUCCCGCAGCAGCGGAAGGGGGACGGACUCCCCGCCGCGUCGCCGCCGCCCGCCGCCCCCGCAAUCGCGUCCUCCUCCGCCGCUCCGCCGCCCGUCGCUAAGCAAGUCCGCAUCGCCCCCGACGACGAGCACAUCCACUUCCAGUCCGACGACGACUACGAUUCCGAGGACGGACACAUCAAGUUCCACUCCGACGAUGAGCCCGAGCCGGCUCAGCGCCGGCCGGAGGUCGUCCGGUCCGCCGGACCGCCGCCACAGAUGGGACCGCCGUACGGCCCCGGAUACGCUCCGCCGCCGUAUGGUCCUGGAUACGGGUACGGUCCCGGCCCCGGUCCUGGUCCCGACUAUGGCGGCAUGGGCAUGAACGGCGGCGGCUAUGAACCGGGCUACGGCGGCAUGGGGGGAGGCGGCUAUGGACAACCGAGCUAUGGUGGCAUGGGCGGCGAUGGCGGUGGCAUGGGCAGCAGCGGCGGCGGCAGCGGCGGCUAUGACCAGGGAUACGGUGGCAUGAGCGGCUACGGCCAGAGCUUCUUCAACAUCAGCUACGCUCGUAGCCAGCCACCUCAGCCGUCCGUCUCGCACGAGCAAAGGCUGCAGGCCACUGACGCCAGGGUCCACCACUACUCCGGCGACGGCGGCGCGCAGCCACCCCCACGCGGGUACGGUGGUGGGUACCCCUACCCACCGCAGAGCUCGAGCUCUUAUAAUCAGUACGCCUACGGUGGUUACUAUGGUGGUGGUGCUCCACCACCAGCGGACAUGCCCUCAUCAUCUCGCGAGGAGGCCAUGCCACCUCCGCCUCCGUCUCCACCGAGGGUGUCUACCUGGGACUUCCUGAACCCGUUUGGGACUUACGAGAGCUACUACGAGCAGCCAACUGCGGCGACUGCUCCAUACACUCCCAGCAGGAGUUCGAAGGAUGUGCGUGAGGAGGAGGGCAUCCCAGACUUGGAGGAUGAAGACAUGGAGGUAGUCAAGGAAGCAUAUGGUGAUGAGAAGCACCCAGUGAAAGGGUACACUGGGAAUGGGAAGGCGGCAAAGGAGGAGGGUAGGAGCGGUAUGGGAGAUGAGCUGCCCCGUGAGUCCAAGUCAUCUGAGGCCAGCAGUAGUGGGAGCAGCUUGGAGCAUGACGUGCAUGUUGUGGAGAAGAGUGUCAUCGGAGAACAAGUUCAACGCUCGGAGCCACGUCAGCGUGGCGCUGGCCUGCCGCCCUCAGGAUCCGAGAAGACAUACAUUGAUGAUACUGAGGUGGUUGUGGAGAUAAGGACUCAAUUUGAGCGCGCCUCAGAAUCAGCCGGUGAGGUGUCUAAGAUGCUUGAGGUCGGAAAGAUGCCUUACUAUCAGAAGAGUUCAGGUUUCAAAGUCUCAGCUAUGAUGAUCUGCGGGAUACCAACAAUGGAGGAGGAGUUCCUGCAGUUCGAAGAGGACAAGGCGAUGGGAUGCGGCAACCUUUCCUCGACGCUACAGAAAUUGUACAUGUGGGAAAAGAAGCUUCUCGAGGAAGUCAAGGCUGAAGAGAAGAUGCGGGCAUUGUAUGAUAGUAAACGAGAGGAGCUGAAAAUGCUAGAUGAAAAAGGUGCAGAAGCUCAUAAGCUUGAGGCCACUGAAAUGCACAUCAGGAAGCUAUCAACAAAGAUAAGCAUAGCUAUUCAGAUUGUGAACACUAUUUCACACAAGAUCAGUAAGCUGAGGGAUGAAGAGUUAUGGCCGCAAACAUGUGAGCUCAUUCAAGGGUUGAUGCGGAUGUGGAGCGUUAUGUUAGAAUGUCAUCAGAUACAGUUGCAUGCCAUAUCCCAAGCUAAAAACAUAGACUCCAUGAUAGACACUGCAAAGUUCGGUGACGCUCAUAUGGACUUGAUCAAGCGGCUAGAGCUUCAGCUAUUGGAUUGGAUUGCUUGUUUUGUUGCGUGGGUUAGCGCUCAAAAGAAAUAUAUUAAAACUUUAAAUGAGUGGCUGAAGAAGGGAGUUAUCUAUGUUCCUGAGGAAACUGAUGAUGGGGUCCCUCCUUUUUCUCCUGGACGGUUAGGAGCACCACCGAUUUUCGUCAUAUGUAAUAAUUGGGCGAUCAGUGUGGAGAGGAUAUCGGAGAAGGAAGUAGUUGAUGCAAUGCAGGCCUUUGCAUCCAAUGUUCUGAACCUCUGGGAGAGGCACAGGUCAGAGCAAAGGCAGGGUCUAAUGGCUAAUAAAGGUAUGGACAGGGACCUUAGGGUGAUGGAAAGAGAUGAACAAUCAAUGCGCAAGGCUCUGGAAGCACAAAAUAAGAAGCUUGUGCUCAUUUCGAAUCAGGGAAGUGUAUCCUUGUCUGCACAGGUGUUACAUGAGGGAGGCCCUGGUGCUGAAAUCGGUAGUUUGCAAACAAGUCUGAAGAAUAUUUUUGAAGCAAUGGAGAACUUCACUGCUGCAUCUUUGAACACAUAUAAGGAUCUCCAUCUUCGUGCCGAAGAAGAGAAAGUUCGAGUUGCCCAGGAGAGUGGCGGAGUUUCCUAGUUCUUUUCAGGGGUUUUGUUGUUACACGAGGACACAACCAUUUGUCAAUGCAAAGGAACUGAGGCGAGUGGUUCCUACCAGCACAAUACCAGCACAAUCGUGCAUGCCACUGUGCAUUCCUAGUGGCAACUGCACCUUGCGUGUGAUCUGCUUCCCCCAAAUGUUGGGUUUCAGGGCUGCUGGAUAGGCCUGUGGUAAACUCACUGAAGUUAACAAGUUGCAGUAUGGGGAUUUUAUAGAUUGUGGAUAUGAAUCGAGGACAGCAAUGUUCUCCUGCUCAAGCCAUUAAUUGGGAAACACAAUUAUGAAGAUAGGAAACUCACCAGACACAUGCUGCUGGUGGUUGGGAGAGCCCUGAAAUGACAAGAGAAGAGGUACUUAUGCAUCCGAGCAGCUCAAUAAUGGUUUCCUGUUCACUGGAAAGUACCAGUAAAUAGUUGGAAGAUGUAAGCUGCAUGAACUCGGAAGUCUGAUCGAAGCAUGGACGACCAAUAAGAUGUGUCAUGAAUCCAAGGUUCAUGAAGCCCUCUCCAUCCAUGUUAACAUGGACAGGAAUGAUCAGGUCAUCAGAUUAGCGAAGGUUUUUGCCGAAGGAGUGUCAAUGUACAGACAGAGGCGAUGUGGGAUGAAUCGAAGCCGAUGCCUUAUGCCAAGACAUGUGGCGCUUCCUCUGCAGCGUUUAGGCUGCAGAUUCGCACCGGAAAGUCUUAUGUAGGGUUACCAGAGGUUCAUGAGCUUGUAGGAUUAGAUGUCCUGACCCAUUCUGCAGAUCUGCUAACCGCUCCGACCAUCAUCAAAUUUUUGGUUCUGUUUAUUUAUACAUGUAAUUCGUUUGUACCCGUGUACAGUUGCUGUCUAACUUAAACCUGUUGUGUCAUAUUUAUUCCAUUUUUUACA